CGAGCUCAGCUCAACAAAGUCAUUGCUCUCUGAACAGUGUGAGAGGAGACCAGGAGAGGGGAAAUGCAAUCUCAGAACUUGACUGCCAAAGCUUAGCACCACAGAGCAACAGUUGUGGGUGGGGGCAAAACAACAGCAAAAGAGGCUUUCAGACAAAAGCCGGGGGGGGGGGAGAGAAACAUAACUGAGAGGCUGUACCUCCUGUUUCUUCUGCGUGGUAUUUCUCUUAACAGGAACUACGUUCCUCUUCUGCUCUCUUCCCUAUUUCCUGCAUUACUCCAGUCACUGAUAGAUCUAGAAAGAAAGUGAGGGGAAGCUUCUGUCUCUGUGUUCUUCUGGGCCUGAUUAAUACCUUCAGUCUUGGUCAUGCAAACUAGAUUCCAGAAGCCUUCCAAGAGCACAGUGUCUUUGUAAAAGGAAGGCAACUCGGUCUUCUCUCCCACCUGGCAGGUCAGGAUGAGAUCCCGAAAUCAAGGUGGAGAAAGCUCACCCAACGGGCAUUUCUCCAAGUCAAAGACCAUUAUAAGCAACACAGAAAACCAAAACCUUCAGGAAGAUGCAAAGAAAAAGAACAAAUCUAACCGGAAAGAAGAUGAAGUCUCAGGCUCAAGCAACGUCAAGCAGCACAGCAGACUACCAGGUCCUAGUGAGCGGAAAAGCAAGAAAUCAAUAGAUCUUUCUAAAGAGGACCUGAUUCGUCUCCUUAGUAUAAUGGAAGGAGAACUGCAGGCUAGAGAAGACGUGAUUCAUAUGCUGAAAACGGAGAAAAUAAAGCCUGAAAUUCUGGAGGCGCACUAUGGCUCUUCAGCUCCAGAGAAUGUCCUUAGGAUAUUGCACAGGGAUGCUACUCUUGCCCAUGAGAAAUCAAUAGGAGAAGAUGUCUAUGAGAAGCCAAUUUCAGAGCUGGACAGACUGGAAGAGAAGCAGAAGGAAACAUACCGGCGCAUGCUCGAGCAGCUCCUCCUGGCAGAGAAAUGCCAUCGGCGCACAGUUUAUGAGCUGGAAAAUGAGAAGCAUAAACAUACAGAUUACAUGAAUAAGAGCGAUGACUUUACCAAUCUCUUGGAGCAGGAGCGUGAAAGAUUAAAGAAGCUUCUUGAACAGGAAAAGAUCUACCAAGCCCGAAAGGAAAAAGAGCAUGCAAAAAGGCUCAACAAGCUAAGAGAAGAAUUGGUCAAACUCAAGUCAUUUGCACUCAUGCUUGUGGAUGAAAGACAGAUGCACAUUGAACAACUGGAUCAGCAAACCCAGAAAAUACAAGAUCUAACUCAAAAACUAAGGGAAGAAGAAGAGAAACUUAAGAUUCUGGGUACCAAAGGAAAAGAGGAUGGGCAGAAGCUAAUGAAGCUAGAGGCAGAACUUGAACACAAGACAUCCUCCUUUUCCCAAGAGCAUGAGGAGAUGACUGCCAAAUUGGCUAGCCAAGAGUCGCACAAUAAACAGCUCAGGCUGAAACUGGCUGGUUUAACCCGGAGAAUUGAGGAGCUAGAAGAAACCAACAAAAACCUUCAGAAGACCGAAGAAGAGCUUCGGGAACUGAGAGACAAAAUAGCCAAAGGGGAAUGCGGGAACUCCAGCUUGAUGGCUGAGGUGGAAAACCUCCGCAAGCGGGUGCUUGAGAUGGAAGGCAAAGACGAGGAGAUCACAAAGACUGAAUCUCAGUGUAAGGAGCUUAAAAAGAAACUACAAGAAGAGGAGCAUCACAGCAAAGAACUGAGGCUUGAGGUGGAGAAACUGCAGAAGAGAAUGUCUGAGCUGGAAAGGUUGGAGGAGGCUUUCAACAAAAGCAAAUCCGAAUGCACUCACCUGCGUUUGAACCUGGAGAAAGAAAAGAACUUAGCCAAAGACUUGAUCAAUGAGUUGGAAGUGGUGAAGACGCGAGUGAAGGAUCUUGAGUCUUCAGAGAGUAAGUUGGAGAAAGCUGAAUUAAACUUGAAAGAUGACCUGACAAAGCUGAAGUCUUUUACUGUCAUGCUGGUUGAUGAGAGAAAGAACAUGGUGGAUAAGAUAAAGCAGGAAGAGAGAAAAGUUGAAAGCUUGAAUAAGAACUUCAAGGUAGAGCAAGGCAAAGUUAUGGAAGUGACUGAGAAACUAAUAGAUGAGAGCAAAAAACUAUUGAAGUUGAAAUCUGAAAUGGAGGAGAAAGUGUCCAGCUUGACAAAGGAAAGGGAUGAGUUAAUUGGCAAGCUGAAGAGCGAGGAAGAAAAGUCCGCUGAGCUGAACUGCAAAGUGGAUCUACUGAAGAAAAGGAUUGAUGGUAUAGAGGAGGUAGAAAGGGAAAUAGCCAGAGGCCGCGUUAAAAAAGGGACUGCGCUUUCUGGACAAGAGGACAACAAAAUUAAAGAGCUAACAGUUGAAAUUGAAAGACUGAAGAAGCGUCUCAAGCAAUUGGAAGUUGUUGAAGGAGACUUGAUGAAGACGGAGGAUGAAUAUGAUCAGCUGGAGCAAAAAUUUAGGACUGAGCAGGAUAAAGCUAACUUUCUUUCUCAGCAGCUGGAAGAAAUGAAGCUCCAGAUUGCAAAAAACAAAGCAAUAGAGAAGGGAGAGGCAGUGACUCAGGAGGCAGAGCUGAGGCAAAGGUUUCGACUGGAAGAGGCGAAAAGCAGAGACUUGAAAGCAGAAGUGCAGGCUCUCAAAGAGAAAAUUCAUGAGCUGAUGAACAAAGAAGACCAGCUUUCUCAGCUCCAAGUGGAUUACUCAGUCCUUCAGCAAAGGUUUCUGGAAGAAGAAAAUAAGAACAAAGCCAUGGGCCAGGAGGUGCUGAAUCUGACGAAAGAGCUUGAGCUGUCUAAACGCUACAGCCGUGCCCUGAGACCCAGCAUGAAUGGGAGAAGGAUGGUAGAUGUGCCUGUUACGUCCACUGGAGUACAAACUGAUGCAGUAAACAGCGAAACAGCAGAAGAGGAGACACCUGCUGUGUUCAUAAGGAAAUCCUUCCAGGAGGAGAACCAUAUUAUGAGCAAUCUCCGACAGGUUGGGCUCAAAAAGCCCAGCGAGAGGUCAUCUGUGCUUGACAGAUAUCCUCCUGCGGCAAAUGACCUCACCAUGAGAAAAUCCUGGAUCCCAUGGAUGAAAAAAAGAGAAAAUGGCUCUCAGAUGAUUCCAGAAAAAGGAGCCAGAAUACAAACCAGUCCAGAGCGUCCUGGGGAGGUUGUCCUUUCUCCAAAGCAAGGGCAGCCUCUCCACAUUCGGGUAACUCCAGAUCACGAGAACAGCACAGCUACUCUGGAGAUUACUAGUCCAACAGCUGAAGAUUUCUUCUCCAGCACCACCGUUAUCCCAACCUUGGGGAAUCAGAAACCACGGAUUACCAUCAUUCCCUCUCCUAACGUCAUGUCCCAAAAAGGGAAAGGGGGUGAGAGCCCAGCGGGCCCAGAGCGAGCCAUGUCUCCAGUAACCAUAACUACUUUCUCCAGAGAGAAAUCUUCAGAGAGCCCAAAGUCUCCAUUCAUGGAAAGACCCGUAUCACCAAUUCAAAUAAUGACAGUGUCUACCUCGGCAGCACCUGCAGACAUUACCAUGCCUCCAGAAUCGCAGGACAUGACCAUGGGGAGGGCUGUGUUUAGAGUGACACCAGAAAAACAAACUGUCCCAACUCCCAUCCGAAAGUACAAUGCCAACACGAACAUUAUAACGACUGAGGACAACAAAAUCCACAUCCACUUAGGGUCUCAGUUUAAACGCUCGCCUGGCACUUCUCAAGAAGGAACAAGCCCUGUGAUAACGGUCAGGCCUAUGAAUGUAGCAGCAGAGAAGGAGGUGAUGACUGGGACUGUCCUCCGUUCCCCCAGGAAUAACAUAUCCCCAAGGCCUGGAGCAAGCAAAGUGACAAGUACCAUUACUAUAACUCCAGUUACUACAUCAUCCACACGAGGAACACAAUCCAUGACGGGACAGGAUGGGUUAUCCCAGAGACCUACACCCACCCGAAUCCCUGUAUCUAAAGGUAUGAAAGCCGGGAAGCCAGUAGUGACAGCCCCAGGAUCAGGAAAUCAGACCAAAUUCGAGCCUCGAGCCGAGACUCAGUCUAUGAAAAUAGAACUGAAGAAGUCUUCAGCCAGUAGCUCUGCCUCCCUUGGUGGGGGGAAGGGCUGAGGGCAAUGGCUAAGGGGAGAGCAUCAUCAUCCAUCAGUUACGCAUGAACUCAAGAUGAGAUGCCAUGCAAGCUCCAUCCUAUAUACUUGCACUUCUCCUCCACACCACUUGGUUGGAUCACUGCUGAAGUGCCACCUCAUUCACUGUGAUCUUCCCUGCUACUGAUUGCUUGUGGAAGUAUUUUAUUCCUUCCAUCAGAAUCUGGCUUUUUGUGUGUGCAGACCCAUUAAAAAAAUGUUUGACCUUUGGAAAUUAGGUGGAAAGAGAAAAUCUUCUGUGCCAAUUUUACUCUUAAUUUUGCAAAGCCUUUGAAUCAUGUGUGCUUUUUGUUUGGUGUUUCCUACGUAAUUUAUUUUUAUAAUACAAUUUGUAAUGAAAGACAUUUUGUGGUUGUUGUUUUUUUUGCCAAAUCUGACUUUGGUGGUCUGCGGCACAUUUGGUAGUAGAAUACACUGUCAAAGAUUUCAGAGUGCCGGUUUGUAUAUUUUUUAUUGGAGUUUAUAAAGAUGUUGACUUGACCUCAAUAAUGGCACCUUUUAGAAAACUUUGCCACAUUUCCUAGCCAUAUUGUGACUGUGAGAUUAAUUGCCCUAAAAACUGCUCUGUGGGAUAGUAUUAUAGUAUGUUUUGGGUUUUUUUUGCACUGCGCUGUGGUUUUAAUACAAAACUGAACACCAACAAACCAAAGCCUUGAAACAGUAUUAGACUGAAGAAUUGUUUUUAAAUGUUGUACGCCGAUUUCUAUCAUGCCAUGCUCAUAUACUGUGUGUUUUUACAUAUGUCUGUACCAAAAAGGUUCGUUUUUAAUUACACUGUAACAAAUAAAUUUUCACAAGCGUGCAACAGUAAUAUGGUGUUCCAAUUCUAACCCUAGUGUUAGAAAAGGGUGCUAAUGCUGAAACUUACUGAUCAUUCACAUUGGUUUUUAUGCUUGUUUCCUUGUGAACCAAACAUUGAUCCGGUUAAUCCUGUGCACCCAAAGCCUUUUAAUUUCGCUGUGCUCAAGCACACCUAACUCUGCAUUGUAUCAGGCUGCAGAUCAUUUACCAACUGCUUCACCAGUUGAACCACAAGUUUGGGGCACACAAACCUAGCCUUAUUUGACUGUGCUCCUCUAUACCUCAAUACUAUAUUCUAGAUGGAACACAAAAUUAGUACAGUUUCUCUGAGUCAACAACACUGGUGAAACAUUGUGGGAAUUGCACGGGGAUCCUGUGGUAUCUGCAUAUUUUUUUUAAUGAUCCAUUUUUAAACAUGCCUUUCCACCGAGAUAUAAACCAUACAUUAUUAAACUACUUCUAAAAA